AUGCCGCCUCCCAUCGAUCCGGAAACCAUUUACACCAAGCAAACUUGCAUCGGCGGUGGAAGCUUCGGUAAGGUGUUCAAAGGUUUGGACAGACGCACCGGAGAAUCAGUGGCUAUCAAAAUCAUUGACGUCGAGAAUGCCGAGGAUGAUGUCGAUGAUAUCAUCAAGGAGAUUGCCAUCUUGUCCGAGCUGAAGUCGCCCUAUGUCACUAAGUAUCAUGGCUCAUACUUGAAGGGGUCCAACCUGUGGAUCAUCAUGGAGUUCUGUGCUGGUGGUAGUUGCCACGGUCUCUUGCGACCUGGUGUCAUCCAUGAGGAGUACAUUGCCAUUAUUCUGAGGGAGCUUCUGCGCGGGCUGGACUAUCUCCACAGUGACCAGAAGCUGCACCGAGAUAUCAAAGCUGCCAACGUUCUUCUCAGCGCGAGUGGUCAAGUUAAAUUGGCGGACUUUGGCGUGUCGGGACAACUGUCGGCAACAAUGACCAAGAAGAAUACCUUUGUAGGAACUCCGUUCUGGAUGGCUCCCGAAGUCAUCAAGCAAUCUGGAUACGAUUAUAAGGCCGAUAUUUGGUCCUUGGGCAUCACGGCAAUUGAACUGGCCUGUGGCGAUCCUCCGUACGCCGACAUUCACCCCAUGAAAGUGCUGUUCUUGAUUCCCAAGAACCCGCCCCCCACAUUGGUAGGCGAUUUUAGUAAGCCUUUCAAGCAGUUUGUUGAACUGUGCUUGCGCCGAGACCCCAAGGAGCGGCCAUCAGCCAAAGAGCUUCUUGAGCAUCCGUUUGUGAAGCGUGCCAAACGAACAACCUACCUGACAGAACUCAUUGAGCGCGCAGAGCGUUGGCAAAUAACUCAUCGGGGUCAAGACGACGAUGACGAAUAUGAUGGGUAUGAUGAUAGAGAAGCCGAUCAAACAGCAACCGCCAGAACCCAGGAAAAAGAAGACCUUUGGGAUUUCGGGACCGUUCGUCCUGUGGGAAAAGCAUCUGCACCCCCGCUGCGCCCUAUGAAAGGCUCUGACACCAAUGCGCGAACAAAUGAGACAGAAGAGUGGGAUCUGUGUGAUGAGACACCCCGACAAGCCGGAACAUUCCAAACCCAAUCACACGCUCAAGUGACCCCAGCAAACCCUGCUUUCAAUGUUUCUCCCACCAAAAUCCCUCUUCCUCCCUCUGCUCCAUCUUCCCCUCUCAAGCAACGCCCCUCCCAGACCGCACUUCCCCCACGCAAAGUCGUGUCUCCAGUGGUUAGCAAACCUGCAGUAGACAACCCUCCCGCGAGAGGAUUGAACGAUCAAUACGCACAGGCAACGACUCACUACGCUGGCAAACUUGAUACUGUUUCUUCAGCCAAACCUAGCUCCGCGGUCAGUAACCAGAGCACUCCUAUCAAACAACUCUCCAGCAUUCCCCUCCACGACCAAUACCGCACCCCAUCCGGUCACAUUGUGCAUAGACCAGCUCCACUUCCUCGCACUGUUGCUGAUUCUCUGGGACACCAGCCACAGUCUCCGCGCAUCCCCCAAGUCGCUCUUCCAAGACAUACAGACCCACUGCAACACGCAAAGCCAGUUUCUGGACUCAAGUCUAAACGCGCACCAGCAAACAUGGAUGACCGUGCUAUGCCCCACCGCUCCACCCCUCCCACCCCCACUUCUAGCGACCACAAGCGUUCCACCCGACCUCUUCCUGAAACUGAGCGGGCAACCGCCUGUGGAACUGUGAUUCUCCCGGCCCUCCGUGCAGCCAUGGACCGCCGCCGCAACCACCUCGUCCGUCUCGAACCCGGACGCAACCCUAACGACCCCCCGGCUACCCCAGAACAAGAGAAGGACUUCGACCGCAGUGUCCGUAUCCACCAUGGUCUGGAGAAGGUUGCUGAAGACAUUGCUCGAGCUUUCAACAGCCUGCACCACUGGGAUAUGGAGAGACCUGUUGACAUGGGCGGUGGUGUUGAUGCUGUUCUCGACGCGUUCCUCGAGGAGGUCCUCGUCCGAUUGCAGCCCAGUACCGACGCGUAA